ACUUUCAAUAGCAAAAACAACAACAACAGCAGCGCUAGCGAUGACGUCGUUGUUGCCACUUAAGACGUCAUCAAAUGAGGAACAGGAGCAGCAACUGCAACAUACAGGUCCAACAGCAACAACAACAACAAUACCUUCCACACGCAUACCACAUCCAAGCGAUGCCGAAUUUGUUCCAUUGCGUCGUUCCGCCUCCAUGCGCUUGCGCGGCACAAAAUCGAAUCAUCAUCAACAAUAUGAGUCCGAUGUUCCCGCCGGUGAAUUCAGUACGCGCGCCAAGCUCCCAGAGAGCUCAUCGUCAACGUUUCCAUUAAACGCCCACACACGGCGUAAUCGCAGUUGGAGCAAUUUAGGCCACAACACGUCGACAUCCGUGCGGGAAUCAACAACGGAGGCGCCACUCCAUGCAUUAUUCAGCGAUAAACAGUGCCUGUCCCAGCAAGAAUCGGAGCUCAAUAACAGCCUGGACAUGUCCGGCUCCAAGUCGCGUAAUAUGUCUUUGAAGCUAAACGGCGGCAGUGCUGAGACAACUGGCACUUCGACGUCUACGUCCACUCCAAAGACACCGAAGACACCAUUGAACGGUCCAGUUGGUCACACCGGCUCCCGUUCGUCGAAGACUCUCAAGAAACAGGAGUCCACCAAAUUGUCGACGGUGCAUGAGACAAAGAUAUCGCCAAAGACGCCGCCAGUGACACCAGAUUCACCUAGCACCUAUCUGGAUGAUGAUCUAGACUCGAUGUAUUCCUUUACAACCACAACCUCGGGCCGUUCCACCAUGUCUUGUGAGCAUCCCUACGUGGCCAGAAAUGGCACCACGUUCAGUGGACGCAAGAUGAAGUAUGUGGUGCACUGCUCGAACUAUGCGGGUCAAGUGGGUCCGGAGUAUCUGACGCCAACGCAGCGUGCCCAGCGUCAGAUACGACGCCUCAAGGAGCUGCUGUGCAUUGCGCGACAGGAUCUGGAGGCUAAGGAUACGGAAAUAAUGCGUCUAACUCGGGAAGUUGUGGAGCUGCGUUUGUUCAAGGCAUCGCUGAGUUCGCCGGAGGAACGUUCCGCCUCCUCAGAUGCGGUAACCGUACGUGAGGCGGAGCUGAAGACAUCGCAGGAUGUCUCCCCUAUUGUGGACAUGGUGGAUGAGGCGAAAUGCAGUCCACGUCACCAGCAACAGCAUCAACAAAUUUCAGCUGAGAUGCAAAGUUCGUAUGCGGAUUCGGGACACUUUGAGGAUCUAACAAUGUCGUCGGUACACUCGAAGGAUUCUCAGACACAAAGUGAGAUCUGUGGCAAUGCCACACCCGAGGCAGCAGCCAGCAGCCUGGAGAAUUACGAAUUACAACGGCAGGAGCUAAUUCGCAUGUACGAGCAUCGUAUUGAGGAACUGAUACGUACCCAGGACGGAGCCAGCAGUGACCUAAAGCGUUCCCACAACGACAAGGUCGAGGCGUUGCUGCAAAAGCUCGCUGAAUGCAACACACGAUACUCGGAUAUUGUGCCGGACUAUGAGCAUGCGAAGCAGCGAAUUCGGGAGCUGGAGAAACAACUGGAGGAUCUGCAGCGUAAACUAAUCGAGCACGAGGAGAAACAAAAUAAAAUGUAUUUGCAUAUGUAUCAACAGGGCCAGGAAGCCGAGCGUAUCUCUCGCGCCGAUCAGGCUUUGGAACUGGCUCAGCGUCAGCCAGAUAGCAAAGUGUCCAUCAAUGAGCUGUUGCAACAGCUGCAGAGCACACAGGAUGAACUGGAGAAUAUACGCGCAUCAGAGUGUAGAAUGAGGGAGUGCGGCAGUAAUCACGCCCUCCUUACUGCAAAGGAGGCGAUUUCUUUGUGGGUUCUUGGCGCGCGUAAGACUAUUUAUCGUCGUUUGUUGGAGGCCCAAAAGAAUCGCACCCAUGUUGAUCCGGAAGUAACGUUGCAGUUCCUCAAAAGCGCUAUUUUCUACUUUUUAACGGAUAAAGAGAACUCACAGGGCCAUCUUCAGGCAAUUGAAAGUAUUCUGGAGUUCACCGAUGAGGAGAAGCAGAAGAUCAAUCAAGCACGAUCGCCAAAGUAAAAAUAUUAUUAUAUUUGCUUAGAGUCUGCAAAAUAAUGUUUUAUUUUUUAGUGUCGCUAAAUUCAUUGUUUUGUGUCUUGUUUAUAUUACGAAUUUAUUUUCAAUUUUAUUUUGUGUUUAAAAUAAUUUUGAUAAAUUGAGACGUACCCAUUUUGUUUGGCGACGAACACAACGAAGAAAGAACCUUGUAAAAAUUUCCAAUAAGCUGUGUAAUUUUAUUUAAAUAAUUUUGUUAAGCGAACGAGUACGUCCUUAAAUAAUGCAAAAUGCGUUACAAAUAGAAAUAUAUUUUAAUUUAAAAAAAUGUACAUCCUUUUGGUAGUCCUGGUUGUCAGAUAAAACUCAGGCAUAAGUAAAAAUCAGACAUAGUUUUGAUUGUGUUUCAGUGAAAUUUUAAUGAUAAAUAAAUGCUAAACUAGUUAAA